AAAAAGAGAGCGAGAGUGAGAGUGAGAGUGAGUGUGAGAAACAGCAAUUUUCAAAAUCCAGAGGGCGGGUGCGAGUGUGAAGUGGGUGAAGCCACCGAAUCGAUGAGCUCCAAAGAGAGCUGCAGAAGCGAACUCCGCAUCGCCAUUCGCCAACUCAGCGACCGUUGUUUGUACACUGCUUCCAAAUGGGCAGCAGAACAGUUGGUUGGUAUCGAGCAAGACCCCGCCAAGUUCACUCCUUCCAACACCAGAUUCCAGCGCGGCAGCUCCAGCAUUCGCCGCAAGUACCGCACCCAUGAGAUCGCUGCCACUCCCAUCGCCGGCGUCUCGUACGUCGCCACGCCUGUUAUGGAGGAGGACGAGCUUGUAGAUGGUGAUUUUUACCUUCUUGCCAAGUCAUAUUUUGAUUGCCGUGAGUACAAGAGGGCCGCCCAUGUUCUUCGCGAUCAGACCGGCAGGAAAUCCGUCUUCUUGCGCUGUUAUGCCUUGUAUCUGGCAGGAGAAAAGCGAAAAGAGGAAGAGAUGAUAGAACUUGAGGGACCUCUAGGUAAGAGUGAUUCUGUGAAUCGUGAAUUGGUUUCCUUGGAGAGGGAGUUGUCAAUGCUUUGCAAGAAUGGUACGAUUGAUCCUUUUGGUUUGUACUUAUAUGGCCUUGUGCUCAAACAAAAAGGUAGUGAGAAUUUGGCACGUACGGUUCUUGUGGAAUCCGUGAAUAGCUACCCCUGGAAUUGGAAUGCUUGGACCGAGUUGCGAUCCCUAUGUAGUACAAUUGAUAUAUUGAACACUGUUAAUCUCAAUAGUCAUUGGAUGAAGGAUUUCUUCCUUGCCAGUGCUUACCAAGAAUUAAGGAUGCACAAUGAAUCUCUGUCGAAGUAUGAAUACCUACUAGGAACCUUUGGAAAUAGUAAUUACAUACAGGCCCAAAUUGCUAAAGCACAGUACAGUUUGAGGGAAUUUGACCAAGUUGAAGCAUUAUUUGAAGAACUUAUGCGCAGUGACCCUUACAGGGUUGAAGACAUGGAUAUGUAUUCUAACGUACUUUAUGCUAAGGAGUCCUUCUCUGCUUUAAGCUACCUGGCUCAUAGAGUAUUCAUGACUGAUAAAUACAGGCCUGAAUCAUGUUGUAUCAUUGGGAAUUAUUACAGUUUAAAGGGGCAGCAUGAGAAGUCUGUUAUGUAUUUCAGGAGAGCCCUUAAAUUGAACAAAAAUUAUUUGUCUGCUUGGACACUCAUGGGCCAUGAGUUCGUUGAGAUGAAAAAUACUCCUGCUGCAGUGGAUGCAUAUCGUCGCGCUGUAGACGUAGACCCAUGUGAUUAUCGUGCCUGGUAUGGGCUGGGACAAGCUUACGAGAUGAUGGGUAUGCCAUUCUAUGCGCUUCAUUACUUCCAAAAAUCUGUGUUCUUACAGCCGAAUGAUUCUCGGUUGUGGAUUGCAAUGGCUCAAUGUUAUGAAACCGAACAGCUCCGCAUGCUUGAUGAGGCAAUUAAGUGUUAUAAAAGAGCUGCAGCUUGUAAUGACCGAGAAGCAAUUGCUUUAUACCAGCUAGCAAAGCUACAUGCGGAGCUGGGCCACCCUGAAGAGGCAGCAUCUUACUACAAAAAGGAUUUAGAGAGGAUGGAAGAUGAAGAAAGGGAAGGACCUAACAUGGUUGAGGCUUUGCUCUAUCUUGCAAGAUAUUACAAAUUGCAGGAUAGAUUUGAAGAAGCAGAGGUAUACUGUACACGUCUUCUGGAUUAUAGUGGCCCGGAGAGAGAAACAGCCAAGAGUUUGCUUAGAGGAAUGAGAUCUUCGCAAUCGAUUUUACCUUCAAUGGAUGUUGAACGCUUUCCUCCUUAAUAUGAGACUGAUCAAACACUGUUAUUAUGCAUUUGUUGAUUCCAGUUCGCAUAGUGCUUGAGGGAAAGCAUGAAAGGAUUCAGUGUGUAUGAUUUGGUACCUGAAUGCUGUACAAUGCACUAAUGCUUUCAUUUUGAGCUGAACAAAUAGGCAAGCAUUGCGGUAGAGAAUUGAAUUCCAAAAUUGGUGAUAUGGUUUCCUAGCAGGAGUUAAGUAAAGCUUUUUCUUCUCUUUUAUUCUUGUAUGCAAUGUGCAGAUUUCCCUGGUGAUUACUUGAAUAGAAACGCUUAACAUAUCCAGGGGUGUAAUCAUUUAUUUAGCUGUAUCAUAUCCAUAUGAUGCAGGAAGCCUAGCUAUUCCUGUUUCAUUCCUGUUCUCUUUUGUGAUCAAACACUUUUGGUCUUUGCUGCAUUUAUGA